UCCCCGCCCUCCCCACGCGAGUCCUAGCACCCCCGAGGGCGCCAGCUUGCGGCCCUGCAGCCCAGGACAAGACAUGGGGCCUCGUCGGCGGGGCUCCCGUUUCCAACAUCUGGUGUGCUACGGAAGGGAGGGCGCGACUGGCAAGGAAACCCCUGAUGGGAGGCUCCACCGAGCCCUGGGGCACAGAGGUGACACAGCCAGUGCGAGGGCACCCGGCUCCAAGGCCAGGCAUGGGGCUACAGGGUGGCCUGAGCCCAUCUACUACCGCCACAGAUGCCCUUUUCUGAGGCCUGGCUCUUUCCACGUUUCCCUUGGCUGUAGAGGGCGUUAUGAAACCUACGCCAGGAAGGGGAGGGUUUCCCAGUCUCUCACUAGCCCUAACUCCCACCCACAGGUUCUCUAGGUUGUGGAGUGCCAUUCCCCCAGCCCUUAGUUCUGAAGACCUUGGGUGAACCCCAAGCCCAGGGUCCUGUGUCCAUGUUAGCCGGUAUAUAGAGUUGUUCCAAUUUCUGGCAGCCAAUGUGAACAGGUGUGGAAGGUUUUUCCAGAAAGGUACAAGAUGUGCAAAUGCUUAGGUGCAGUACGGAGCUGGGAGCAUUUAUGAAGCCACAAGUCUCCUUGCUUUCUGGUGGGAAGCAAAGAACAGGAGGAUAGACGUCAGGACUGCAGUGGCUGCCUGAGAAGUUGAGUGUGUUUUCAGAAGGUAAUAGCAAGUUUGAAUCAGAAAAAAGAGGUAGUUUACUAAGGUCUUCACAGGCUUCAUCUGUGUGCACAGUGGGGCACAAACUGGGGGGUUGAGGGAGGAGGAAGGAAAAUCAGGGUAGACUAGUCCAAGUGAGGGUUACUGGCCCAGGAUCGUGGUUUAGGUGAUGUGGUGAGAUUCUGGAUGUGUGGUUUCAAAAGGGACAACUAAAUUACAUAAUGUAGGUGGUGAGGGAGUGAAACAGAGGACUCAGAGAAGACCCCAGGGUUUUUGGUAUUAGCAGCUGUAGGGAAAGAAGUUGCAUCAACUAAGAUGAACAAAUUGGCAAUAGGAGUAGUAUUCACUAGGGAUAUCAGGUUUAUUUAUGCCAUGCUAAGAGUCAGAUCUUUCAGAGCCUACUAAAUGGAGGCAUUAAGUGGGCAGAUGAACGUGUAGGUCUUGAAAUCUAGGGAGUGGUUCAGGGUGCAGAUAUUCAAGAUGUGGCUGUUGUGUGCACCAAGGUGAGUGAGCUGUGGGUCACAGGCGGGGCAAGCUCCAGGUUUUGGUUCUAAAGCUGUUAGUGGGCCAAGACGGGUAGAAUGAUGAUAGAGUAAGUGGUCAUGAAGGCAGGGUAUGUAAAAGACAGUGUAGUUUGGCAAUGGCCAGGGCUCCCAAGAGAAGAAUGGAUAUGAGAUGGAUGCAAACGCAUAGGACACUCAGGCCAAAACUCGUGCUUAUUCACCACUUUGUGGGUAUCCAGGAUUUUGUAAUAACUUGAUGGGGCCUGGGUGUUUCAUUCAGGCUGGAAGAUUAAGCUAGUGUCAUGUGGUGAUUUGUGAGAGUCAUUGUGUGUGAGAUGAGCAACCAGUGAGGUUGGGAUUUAAAUGAGCUUUAGGUGGAUAUAUGACUGCCAAGGGGAUGGUAAGUGCAGCACAGAAGUGGAAUAGGGCCAUGGUUAUCUAUGAUUCACCUGUGGUUCUGUGUGGCUAUGUCUGAGGCAAGGAAUACAGCCUGGCAGGGAGGCCUUCAAAGAAAUUUUUGAGGCUGCUUCCUCUAGUGUAAGCCAUGGGAAGUCUGGGAUUUUGGAUCCUGUUUAUAUCCACACUUUGAAUGCUGCCUGCCAAGUUGCCGUAUAAGGCCAGAAAUUAAGGCCCAGUAUGAUAUGUCACCUUGACAUCUGAUGAAAACGAUACAGCCUUAGAUGGCCUGAGAGCAAAUUCCUCUUCCCUUUGCUCCCAUGAAUAAGCUUUCUUAGCCAAAUGAACCCUUCUUAUUCCAGGGAACCAGAACAGUUCCUGCUUAUUACUUUGUAGUGGGUUUCAGUUCCCUACCAAUUUUUUGAGUUAUUCAAACAGGCCAGUCCCCUCCUCUGGGGACCAGUGGAGCUUCUCCAUCUUAAUGCUACAAAACUUACAUUCUACAGCACCUGGUUGUUACUCUUUUCUGGAGUACUGCCUCCGUAUGGCCCUGUGUGGAGUGUGGUAUUCUUUCACAGGCUAUGAGUAUUUGUCUUUAAUUAAUAAACUGUUCAGCCGGGUGUGGUGGCUCACGCCUGUAAUCCCAGCAGUUUGGGAGGCUGAGGCGGGCAGCUCACAAGGUCAGGAGAUCAAGACCAUACUGGCUAACACGGUGAAACCCCGUCUCUACUAAAAAUAUAAAAAAUUAGCCAGGCGUGAUGGCGGGCACCUGUAGUCCCAGCUACUUGGGUGGCUAAGGCAGGAGAAUGGCAUGAACCCGGGAGGUGAAGCUUGCCCCACUGCACUCCAGCCUGGGCGACAGAGCAAGAUUCUGUCUCAAAAAAAAAAAAAAAAAAAAAAAAAUUAAGAAACUGUUGAUCUCAUUUGUCCAAUGUCACAUGUCUCGUAUUUGGCUGUUGGUUAUCCAUUCUUUUUUUUUUUUUCUUUGAGACGCAGUCUUGCUCUGUCACCCACGCUGGAGUGCAGUGGCGCAAUCUCGGCUCAUUGCAACUUCCACCUCUCCACCUCCUGGGUUCUAGUGAUUCUCCUGCCUCAGCCUCCCGAGUAGCUGGUACUACAGCCACGUGCCACCACGCCUGGCUAAUUUUUUGUAUUUUUAGUAGAGAUGGGGUUUCACCAUGUUAGCCAGGAUGGUCUCGAUCUCCUGACCUCGUGAUCCACCCACCUCGGCCUCCCAAAGUGCUGGGAUUGCAGGCAUGAGCCACUGCGCCUGGCCCAGGUUAUCCACUCUUUCACGCAGGUAGCAUGUGGGGAGGCCAGGAUUUGCCUGUGGUAUGGGACGUAGUGGUGGUCAUGGUCAUGUGGCAGUGGGAUCUGGAGACCUGAGGUAUGUCUCAGAUGAUAUGCACUUGGAGAGGGAGUGUGCCUGAUGGUCCCAGUGUCCUGGUUGAGACUUCUAUGACCUUGGUCAUAGGAGAGGAAUGCUUGUCAGGAAGGAGUGGUUGCCCUUAUGCCACGCCCACAGCUUAGAUACAUGUAUUUGUUCGUCUGCCUCUUGUUACAGAUGGCUGCAACUGGUGACCAAGAGCCCCAAUAGGAGACAACAGCACCAGUUGACUGCUUUCUCCUCUGAGUUGGGGAGCUUGGAAAGAGGAUGAGCAUGGGGUAAAUGUGUGAGGGGAAGGAUUAUGGAUCCUGAGAGGAGGAACCGUUUGUGGUUUCAUCUGUCCCCAUCCUGGCAGGGCAUUGUGACCUUUGAGGACGUGGCUGUGUACUUCUCCUGGAAGGAAUGGGGUCUUCUUGAUGAGGCUCAGAAAUGCCUGUACCACGAUGUGAUGCUGGAGAACUUGGCACUUACAACCUCCCUGGGUGGUUGUGGAGCAGGGGAUGAGGAGGCACCUUAUCAGCAGAGCACUUCUCCACAGCGGGUGUCACAGGUUAGGAUUCCUAACGCCCUUCCUUCUCCCCAGAAGACCAACCCCUGUGAGAUAUGUGGCCCAGUCUUGAGAGAGAUUUUGCACUUGGUUGAGCACCAGGGUACACACCACGGUCAGAAACUGUAUACAGACGGGGCAUGUAGGAAACAAUUACAAUUUACUGCAUACCUUCAUCAGCACCAGAAGCAGCAUGUUGGACAGAAACACUUCAGAAGCAAUGGGGGCAGAGACAUGUUUUUGAGCAGCUGCACAUUUGAAGUAUCUGGGAAGCCCUUCACUUGCAAGGAGGUUGGGAAGGAUUUCCUGGCGAGAUCGAGAUUUCUUCAGCAACAGGCUGCUCACACCAGAAAGAAGUCAAACAGAACCAAGAGUGCAGUGGCCUUUCACAGUGUGAGAAAUCAUUACAACUGGGGAGAAUGUGUGAAAGCUUUCAGCUACAAACAUGUACGUGUUCAGCACCAGGGAGACCACCUCAUUAGGGAAAGAUCUUACAUGUGCAGUGAAUGUGGGAAAUCUUUUAGCACAAGCUGUAGCCUCAGUGAUCAUUUGAGAGUUCACACUUCACAAAAGCCUUAUACAUGUGGGGAAUGUGGGAAGUCCUAUAGGCAAAGCUCUAGCCUUAUUACGCACCGAAGAAUUCACACUGGAGUAAGACCUCAUCAAUGUGAUGAAUGUGGAAAAUUAUUUAACAGGAAGUAUGACCUUCUUAUACAUCAGAGAGUUCAUACUGGAGAAAGGCCUUACAAGUGCAGUGAAUGUGGGAAAUCCUUUAGCCAUAGCUCUAGCCUCAUUACACACCAGAGAAUUCAUACUGGAAUGAGGCCUUAUGAGUGCAGUGAAUGUGGGAAAUCCUUUAUCCAUAGUUCUAGCCUUAUUACACACCAGAGAGUUCACACUGGUACAAGGCCUUAUAUGUGCAGUGAAUGUGGGAAAUCCUUUAGCCAGAGCUGUCACCUUAUUAAACACCAGAGACUUCACAUUGGAGAAGGGCCUUAUGAGUGUAGUGAAUGUGGGAAAUUGUUUACUUACAGAUCUCGUUUCUUCCAACACCAGAGAGUUCAUACUGGAGUAAGAUCUCAUGAAUGUCAUGAAUGUGGAAAAUUAUUUAGCAGGAAAUUUGACCUCAUUGUACAUGAGAGAGUUCACACAGGAGAAAGGCCAUAUGAGUGCAGUGAAUGUGGAAAAUCCUUUACCUGUAAAUCCUACCUCAUUUCACACUGGAAAGUUCAUACUGGAGCAAGGCCUUAUGAAUGUGGGGAAUGUGGGAAGUCAUUUACCCAUAGCUCUACACUCCUUCAACACCAGAGAGUUCACACUGGAGAAAGGCCUUAUGAGUGCAAUGAAUGUGGGAAGUUUUUUAGCCAGAGCUCCAGCCUCAUUAGACAUAGGAGAAGUCACACCGGAGAAAGGCCUUAUGAGUGCAGUGAAUGUUGGAAAUCCUUUAGUAACCACUCUAGCCUCGUUAAACACCGAAGAGUUCAUACUGGAGAAAGGCCUUAUGAAUGCAGUGAAUGUGGAAAAUCCUUUAGCCAGAGCUCUAACCUCACUAAUCACCAGCGAAUUCACAGUGGGGAAAGGCCUUAUGAGUGUAGUGACUGUGGAAAAUUUUUUACCUUCAACUCCAACCUCCUAAAACAUCAGAAUGUUCACAAGGGAUAAAGGUUAGGUAACACACAUAGGGCUGUUAUGGACUGAGAAGUGUCCCUGCAAAAUUCAUAGACAUAAAUAAAUAAAUAAAUACGUAUUUUCAAUAA